ACCUGGAGCGCGAGAGAGUGACGCUCCGUCGUAGCUCCCUCUUUUUCCACGUGUCGCUCGCUGGCUUUAUCGCGGUUUUUUCGGCCGAUCUGAAGAGCUUGGUCAAUGUUUGGAUGAAGGCGGUUAUUCUUGGCACCUCUGACCUUUAAGGAAGGAAACACUUGUCGUGUUUGGUGGGGCAGACGAGUCGAAUUCAUCGGGAAUUUGAACAUUUUGUCUGACAGGCUCUAUUUCGGAACAAACAGUUACUAUUACGAUUCGUUUCUAAGUCUUGCAUGACUGUUGCUCAACAGCCGUUUUCGUUCCUUAUUUAUUAGUUGUCUAGAAAGAAAAAAAAAGAGACAUUGUGCCCUGUGCAUAGAAAUCUAGUAGAAUGCAUAUUUUGUUAGGAUAAUCAAGCCAUCAUGUCCAGUUAAAACUUUGAUGAAAUACUGAAUGGUUAUUCAGACCUAUUGUCAGUGAAAUUGCGCGAACGUUUGCUGGCAUCUACGGGAAGCCAAAUCCAAGCGCGCGAUUUGUAGGAACAUGACGACGAAGAUCUUUUCUGCCAUUGACCGGAUUCGACGAAAAGAGGAACUUCAAUGAGGGACACUUCGUGCAAUCUGGACGAAACACAUAACCAAAGAUACGAGGUCAAGGUCACGAGAUCACUCAUUGUAGGCUCUUUGCUGGCUGAGAGGCCUCCGGCACCUGUCUAUGCAGUUAGGUCAGGCCAGAUUACGCCUACGAUGAUCCUCUCUAGACCUCCGGGAAGGAGAAAGAAUUUAUCUUCUUCUUUUUCUUCUUCUUCUCAGUAUUUCCAGAACCUUAGUCGACUAUGGCAGCUCCACAUGGGGUUACUACUGCUUCUUUUCACAGGUGUGACAUCGGGGGCGGCCUACCAGACGAGAUUCAGUGGGAUGAUAGGGAACGUUACGGUGACGGUAGGACGCGACGCUUCCUUGUCCUGUACGGUGGAAGACCUAGGAGAGCAUAAGGUCGGCUGGAUCCACCUGAAGAGGCAGAUGAUAGUGGCAGUUCACACGCGGAUGAUCUCGCGAAUCUCGAGAUACAGCGUGACGCACGAUUCGCACAAGACGUGGACCCUCCAUAUCACUGGAGUGACUGAGGACGAUGCUGGCUACUACAUGUGCCAGGUGAACACGGAUCCCGCCCUUUCUCAAGUGGGACUCCUGGAAGUUGUGGUGCCUCCGAACAUCGAAGACCUGAAGAGCAGUCCCAGCGAGAUCCAGGUGCGGGAAAAGACGGACGUCGUGCUGGAAUGCUCGGCCACGGGCGCCCCCGAGCCCCGCAUCAUGUGGAGACGGGAGGACGGCGAGAUGAUCGUCACGAACACGCGGAAGCCAGAGGUUGUGCAUGAAGGAACUAAGCUGCAACUCCACCAAGUCAGCAGGACCCACAUGGGGGCGUACCUUUGCAUAGCCUCCAACGGCGUCCCUCCCUCCGUCAGUAAGAGAAUCACCCUACAUGUUGAAUUUUCUCCUCAGAUUCAUGUCCCUAAUCAGCUGGUGGGAGUCCCAACAGGAGAUAAUGUCACCAUCGAAUGUUUUGUCGAAGCUUACCCAAGGGCCAUCAGCUACUGGGUCAAAGCCAACAUGAUGAUCCUGAAUUCGGACAAGUAUUACUACGAGGCGGUGGAGACCCUCUACAAGAUCCACAUGAAGCUCACCAUCUUCAACUUCUCCCGGAACGACAACACCACCUACAAAUGCGUCGCCAAGAACUCCCUCGGGGAGACCGAAGGAGAUAUCAAAUUAAAUGAGAUCUACAUGUCCCCGAAAGCAAAGGAGAUAAGAAGUGAAAAUUCCAAAACAGAAGACGAAACUCAAGCCCCCGUGGAAACUGAGACGGAGGAACAACGUCAAGUUGCACUCGAACCUCCGAAGGGAGAUCAGCUCUACGACAACUCGCCUUCUGUGCUACAAACGCCAAAGCCUACGAAACGGGUAAUACUACCCAUAGACGUCUUGGGUGGGCAAAGGUCUGGAUCCAAUUCAUCUGGUUGCCUGCUGCCAACGAUGCUCCUCUAUUGGGUAUUGCCACUUUUCGCCUGUUAUGCCGGCUUGUCGACAUCUGCACUUCCACUUUCUUUGAGGCUUUGUUGAUGGCUGGGACGACUCUGUCUAGACACCCGACGAUUCCUCCGUGGGACGAACACGCAUGAAUUCACUACAUUCCCCCUGAGCUCCUUUGCUGAUGUAAAUUAGGCCUAGGAAGAAUUACCGCGAGGACGUGGAAGUGAAAUAGUAACACCGGCGCCAAGAAAAGGGUGCUGGGUACGAGAAAUGAAGUUGAAGGUCCUGUAUAAAGAGAGAAAAGGAAGUAACUACAUAGUCGUCUAUAUUGUUAAUGUUUACCUCCGCUGCUACAUGGUUUCCUGCUUGUAGUACUAAGCGGGUAGUUAGAUUUAUCUUUUUUUUUCCUUUCUCUCUCUCUCUCUCUCUCUCUCUCUCUCUCUCUCUCUCUCUCUCUCUCUCUCUCUCGUUUGAUUUUGAUCGUCCAAGAGUCUAAAAAUCUAUAUUCUCCUUGUUCCUAGUAUAUCGCCUGCGCGCUCGCUAGUGUAAAUGCAGUGUUCCAUGGACAUGAGUUGAAUAUAUUAGAAAAGAGACGAAGCUGGGGUUUUUUUAUGCUCUGAUAGAUAACAAUAAUUAUAGAUGUCAACUUUUGAACGUGUUUACCGUGUUCAGCUUUGUGAAAGACUUAUCAAAGUGACAUUUUGUAUUAAAUUUAGGAUACAUAUCGUGUCUUCUUAGGAUAUAAAGUAUAACGGAAUGAAAAUGCCGAGUCGUUCACUUCAUCUGAACAGCUCGAGGACCAAAAUGCUAUAAUAAAUAACUUGUAUACCAUUAGACUCAUACUCAAGGUGCCAUCUUGGAAUUUGAGGUGAUUUUCAUUCAAGUCUAUGUUACAAACUGAACAGUUCCUUGAGAGGAUGAGGUAGUGGUAGCGUUUCACCAGCGAAACGGACUUUGAGUGCCCUAUACCUUUUCUGUGAGAAAACACAACCCUUUUCCUCUUGCGGCGGAUUCCUGAGGAACACUGAAUCCCUCUCGUGAACCGCGUUGAGGUGCCAAUCACGUCGAAACUUUCUGGCUCUUUUGAGGAACAGCGUGCGAAGUGCAUUUUGGAGCUUCAAAGACAACUCGAAAAUGUUGAAGUGUCUUCUGUGUCAAGUUUUAUGCAAAGGUGUUCUGUGACCUCGGUUACACGAACCCCCUAACUAUCUUUAGAACCGCAGUGGAGUCCUAAUACUGUAAAAGUGCUUCUAGGUAUAGUAUCAGGAUAUAAAUCCUAUGUAUUUGUAUCUAUGCUGUGAUUUAUAAGCCAAUGAUGAAAGUUAUUUAAUUAUAUAGCAUCUAACUCAUUCAUGAACACCAUCUCUCUCUCUCUCUCUCUCUCUCUCUCUCUCUCUCUCUCUCUCUCUCGUAGAGAAACAUCGUCCUGUUUGGGUAAAACUCCUACCACCAUUUAUUGUAUUCUGGAAUUUUGUACACCUCUCUAUUAGCCCUAUCUUCCCUUUAUAACCAGUUACUUAUCAUACAUAUCAUUACCUUGUCUUCACCAUGUCAUGUUAAUGUCUUCUUGUUCCAAGUUAAGGACAAUUAGCCACAGGUUAAAAUGCCGGUGUUCCAAAUACGUGUGUGAAGGAAUUAUUCCAGACUAACAACGAUAGAUUGUUGCCAUAGAGUUGAACUAUAGGUCUAUAUUAGAAAGAAUCGUAUUAUAGUUAUUGGACGGGGAAGCAGUCUGGAAUAAAGAUGAGUGACAGUUUACUUUCUUUUAUUUUGUUUUAUAGAUGUACAGUACCUGGUUAUGAUUUCGAAAUUAAAAUCAGGUCAUUCGUAAUGAAACAGAAAUGAGGCCAUUAUGCGCCAUGAAUAGGACGUGAUAUUUUUAUCCCUCAUAGUACAUAUAUUCUGAAGUUAUAUUUUGGUUUUACACACGUCCAAGCUUAAUGGAACAUCUUCAUAAAAUAAUCACGAUUUUUUAAAAUUAUAAAAUCAUUUAAAAAGCAUAAAAACCUUACAUAAAUAAUAAAUGAUACUUUCUCACUUAAAACAAUAAAAUAAAAUAAUGACGUUUCCUCUGUUGUAAAUACAAUUGUAAAAUCUUCUAAAAAGCAGAAUAUCCUCACAUGAAAAAAAAUUCAAUAAUGGUUCUCACUUAAAACAACAGACCAAUCUUUCCAUCGAAUCAGCUAAAUAUUCCGUGCAUAUGAUAUUCGUAGCUAAUCAUAAAAUAUUAUCAUAUUAUCGUCAAGGUUCUAAAAAAUUGCUCGCGAGUUAUGAUAUUUAUAUCAUUUCAUGGGAACCAUAUUAAUGAAAAAUACCACAUUAUUUCAGUUACAAAGUGAUAACAUGAAAAAAGAGUACAAGGUUUGUGCUUUUAUGAAAUUUGACCACGUGAAACUAAUACAUUAUAUGUAUACACACAUAAAGACAU